AUGGAAGAAAGGAAACCGUUCGUUUCGCUCAACUACGGCUUGGAGGGCUGUUGGGAAAAAGUACAGUAUUAUAACCGAAUGGCCGCCACUUCAGUUUCCUUCUUGAUUCAAAUUUUCAUUAUCGCCAGGAUUUUAUACGUCAACAAGUUCAAAUUGAAAAAUGACUACCAAAUAUUGGUCGUGAUUCAAGCCGUGAUCAGUUUGAUUUCCAGUGAUACGGAAUCGUUCGUUUGUCAGGUGAUUUUUUGAAAUUUUAUUGAAAAAUGCAUGGAAUGGCUCAGUGCGUCGCGGUUUUGAUUGCGUUCGACGGGAAACUACUCGGAAAGGCAUUAUAAAUCAUUAUAGUAGUGAUAUUCCAGAUGCAAAAAAAAAAAAACAAUGCGAGCCGUGACGCUUUGACCAUAUCAACCUUAUCAAAAUCCCAAGGAAAAAUCGAGAAAAAAAAGUCAAACAAGAAAAGCCUUUCAAACUUCUCGAAAAUCUAAAGGAGAAUAAAUGUGCUUCUCAACAAGAACUGCAUUUUUCAGAUCCAAACCGAACGGAUUGGCUACGUCAAAAUCGGGCCACAGUUCGCCCCGUUCUCCUACGACACAAUCGUCAUUAUCUCGUUUUUCAGUGGAGCUCUCGGCUCCAUGGAAUUGUACUUUUUGGUCGUUUUCAAUAUGCAUCGAUAUUUCAUGUUUUGCAAGUUCGUUUUAAAAAGAUUCUGUUGGAAUCCCUUCAAAAUUCGCGAUUUUUUCAGACCUCACGGUUUGAGAAAGUUUUACUACAUAGCCAUUCCAUUUUUCACUCUCAUUUCUCUAUUAGAUGGUCUAACUUUAUCGAAUACAUUAAAAGUAAGUUUGAUUUUCAAAAAACGGUCGAAACAAAUAAUUCACAAUUUAUUUUUUGCAUAUCACUUCGCGUAACACGCUUCGUGGAUGGCAAAAAAUAAUUUUCCUUUCACCGUCAAUUUUAUAAUUUAACUUUAUUUAACUAGAGCGAAAAAGAUUUUCAUAUUGUGAGAAUGUAGGAUUGAACAUUUUGGGAUCUCUGACACUAAAAAUCAAAGUUUAAAUUCGGUUAAUUUUCGCCCUGAAAAAAGUUACGUGGAAAAAUAAAUCAUUUUCACUAGGGGGGCGAGAAAAUCGAAGAGUUUUACCUAUAUUCUGUGACACCUAUAAUUGUUGCGUGCACAAUGUACUGCUAUCGGAAACUGACGAAACAUUUUAAAUCAACUGGAUAUUCGACGAAAGUACGGCAGCUCCAAGCAAAACUCUCUUUGAGUAUCCUUCUUCAGGUUUGUUUUAUUUAUCUUCCCAAUAAAACCCUCUUUUUCAGUCCUAUUUGUUCAUGUUCGUGGGCUUUUUAAUUUACUUACUACCUUGGGCGUUAAGCUACUUCUACGAGUCUGAAAUCUUCUUUCUACACUAUAAACUUGUAAGCUUUCAAAUUUUUCUUCCAUUUUAUUGUUACAAAUUUUCCAGGUCGUCGAAUGUAUUGUGGAUUGGCAACCAGUUUUAACUUCUGCAUUGAUCUGUUGGUCUAUCGCUGGUUACUUUAGAAGUACAACACCUUCUAAAACAACUUCUGAAGUCUCAAACUUGAGAAGUAAAACAUUAACCGAAUCUGGACUCGUUAAAAGUUGCUUCUCACAGAAGAAACUUGUUCAUUUGGAUGUUAUUAAAGUUGUUGGACCGUGAAAAUAAAAAUCUAUAACCUUUUGCGGUGUCGAUCCUGCGGGUAGAGAAAUGUACAUCAUUCUGAAAAAAAGGAAAAGUUUGACGAAUAAUUCUGAAAUCAGUAAAAGCGACCAGGUUCCAUGUCAUCCUAUGAUAUGUAUCCCUGUUUUUCCAAUAGUGAAUAUUAAAACCGCAUGAAAUUUCUGAAAAAAUAAAUUCAAAGAAAAAACCUUAAAGUACUGUCCAGGAAAAAAUUUUCGAAGAAAAAGUCCAACUGGGAGCAAAGCUGCUCUAUUUACAAAGGGCACCAAUUCUCCCCCGUCUGGCGCGACUUUGCGGCGAGAGAUUUAAGUUCCGCAGGCUUGCGCCAAGAAAAACCCAGCGCUAAAAUUUGCGCAAACCUCGCGCAAUACAGGGCGCAAGCUUGCGCUAUGGGAGGGCUGCUUUAGAGCUCACAAACUCAUUUACAGUAAUUCCGAAACUGUUUCGUCUAUGUUUUUCUAUUUUUCCUAAAUUAUGUUUUUCUUUUUUUCUAUAUAUUUUUUUCUGGUUUUUUUAUAAAUGAAAUUUUAUCAUCAUCGUUUUUUAGUUGACUUCAUAUUUGUAUGCGACGCGUCGAAACGUAUCUUUUUCGAGAGAUUCGAUGUAUUGGUUUAUCCGAUUAUACUUUGAGAAAGGUAAUUAUUUUUGUUUUUUUCUUCCUAGCGAAGACGUUUUUUGAUUAUUUUUUUCUUAAAAAAAUUAACUCCAGAAAUUACAAAAAAAGUGAGUUCGAUAUUCUUUGUAUUAGCUGUAAUACUGAAUUUUUUUCAGAUCUAAUGAAGAGAGAGUUCAACAAUAAGAUUCUCAUGGAGUGGUGA